AUGAAUCCUGCGAAGUCACUAUCUGGACUGUUGCUUCUAGUUAGUUUUGUGGAGAUUUGCUUUGGUGCCUUUUUGGACUAUGGGACGAAUGCUGGUGACACAGGUUUGGGUGCAGUAGAUGAUGGUGCAUUUAUCGUGAAUAUAAACAGCACAAUUAAAUUUUGGAACACAUAUCUAUCAACAUUAUAUAUAAACAGUAAUGGCGUCAUUUCUUCGUUGUCGUAUUCCUCAACCUCCUCCACUUGGUCACAGGCACCUAACAACUCGUUACGUGUGUACCACACGGAUGCUAUUUUCAAUUCCGAAUGUGGAAGUUGCAAUAUCUACUUUCGCACUGUUAUUUCAACGCAAGAUUUGAAAAAAAUAAACAAUUUGUUGCAAUCAAAAGAUCAAAAUUUCACCGCAGAUAGAAAAAGAACGCUCGUAACAACUUGGUAUAAUGCAUCACAGUACGGAAACCAAAAUAAGACCAAUACUUUCCAAUCUAUUAUCACAUCGAAUGGCGAAAAAACGUAUGCAAUUUUAAGCUAUGACAAACUUCAAUAUCGCAAAUUUGAUCCAUAUUUGUUUACAACUUUAAAUAGGACAAGCAAAAUUACUUGCAACAUAAUAGAUGUGUCAAAAUGGUAUUCUAGAAAUGUAAUAACAUUGUAUUUAACUAAUUAUUGUGGUUUUAGCAGUGUGAGCUGA